CGCUCCCUCACUCCGCGUGAAACAAAGUGUAGUGUCCGCGAGAGCCCGUAGGAAGCGAAAAGAGAGAAACCGGGAGAGAAUGGGGCGGCUGAAUCCACAACAACAGGAGGAGAAAAUAACCAACUAAAGAGAGAAAUAAAGAAGACAGAAGACGGAGGAGAAGAAGAAGGAGGAGAAAAGUCGCAGGGAAAACUUUUCCGGGGGGAAACUGUUACAGACUCAAACACGGCCACGUUUAAAAACAUGGAUACACUUUUCCCUGUAUUCCUGGGACUCCUGUUUCUCUUUUCGGCAGUUGGUAACGUCUCCGGUCAGAUACCGACAGCUCACAUGGGGCGCGCUGAGAAGGGGAGCUGUACAUUUGAUGAGGGCUUCACUCAGUGUGAUUACCAGCAAGAUCCCUAUGAUGACUUUGACUGGACACACAUCAACACCCAGGAAGUGCCAUACAUCUCACCAGACCUGCCACAAGGUUCCUACAUGUAUGUGGACGUCUCACAGUAUGAUGCUGGGGAGAAGGCCAGGUUUCAGCUGCCAGUCAUGAAGGAGAAUGACACUCACUGUAUCGACUUCAACUAUCUCCUCACCAGCCCUGACGGCUCCAGCCCCGGCACCCUCAACGUCCUGGUGAAGGUAAACAAGGGUCCCUUGGCCAACCCCAUAUGGAAUGUGACGUCCUACACUGGUAAAGGAUGGCUAAGAGCCGAACUCGCCGUCUCCACCUUUUGGCCUAAUGAAUAUCAGGUCAUAUUUGAAGCAGAGGUUUCAGACAGCAAAGCCGGCUUCAUCGCCAUUGAGGACAUUCAGGUGCUCAGUUACCCGUGCGAUAAAUCUCCUCAUUUUCUUCGCCUUGGGGACGUAGAGGUGAACGCCGGACAAAACGCCACAUUUCAGUGUAUCGCUACAGGACGAGACACAUCGAACAAUAAACUCUGGCUACAGAGGAGGAAUGGAGAAGAUAUUCCCGUGGCCCAGACCAAAAACAUCAACCACAGACGGUUCGCCGCCUCCUUCCACCUCAAAGAAGUCACUAAUCAGGAUCAAGAUCUGUACCGCUGCGUCACCCAAUCAGAGCGCGGCUCCGGGGUGUCCAACUUUGCGGGACUUAUCGUCAGAGAGCCUCCGCACCCCAUCGCCCCUCCCCAGCUGCUAGGCGUCGGCCCUACAUAUCUGCUGAUUCAGCUGAAUGCUAACUCCAUAUUUGGAGAUGGACCUAUUAUACUGAAAGAGGUUGAGUACCGCAUGACAACAGGCAGCUGGACGGAGACUCACGCCGUGAACUCUCCCAGCUAUAAGUUAUUUCAUCUUGACCCAGACACAGAGUAUGAGAUCAGAGUGUUACUCACCAGACCAGGAGAGGGAGGGACAGGCAAAUCUGGACCACCUCUCAUUACCCGGACCAAAUGUGCAGAACCUAUGCGGACUCCUAAGAGGCUAAAGAUUGCUGAGACCAGGUCUCGUCUGAUAGCGGUGGACUGGGAGUCGCUGGGUUACAACAUAACUCGCUGUCACACCUUUAACGUCACCAUCUGCUACCGUUACACGACUGCCAACAACCGCAGCAAAGAUGAAUGCUUGGACAUGGACCCUAAAGCACCACGCCACUUGGUGGGAAACCUGCCACCCUACACCAACGUCAGUCUGAGGAUGAUUCUGACCAAUCCAGAGGGACGGAAAGAGAGUGACGAGACCGUCAUACAAACUGAUGAAGAUGUCCCAGGGUCAGUUCCCAGUCAGUCACUAAGAGCCACUCCAUUUGAAGACCGAAUUCUUCUUUACUGGAAGGAACCAGCUGAACCCAACGGAGUCAUCAUACAAUAUGAGAUCAGCUACAGUGGUGUGCGUUCAUUUGACCCGUCGGUGCCUCUCCAGCGCCCGGGGCUCACAGUGUCUCUGCCCUCCAACGCCACCCAUCACCUGUUUUCCCAGCUCCACCCAGGUGUCACAUACCAGCUCUCUAUACGCGCAUCCACCUCCAAAGGGUUCGGUUCUGCAACCACGCUCAACGUGACUACUAAUAUUUCAGCCCCCACAAUAGAUGAGUACGAUGGGUCAGAGGCCUUUCUGAAUGAAACUGCAACAACCAUCACUGUCCUGCUCAAACCUGCCCAGGCCAAGGGAGCACCUAUAAGUGCGUACCAGAUUGUAGUUGAGGAAGUGAAUCCUCAGCGGACACGUCGUCAAGCUUCCUCUGAUUGUUAUGAGGUCCCAGUUUCUUACCACAGUGCGUCUAGCGGUGGAUCUCCAUAUUAUUAUGCCGCCCAGCUGUCCCCCAGCAACCUGCCUGAGCCGCUCCCCUUCACUGUUGGAGACAACAAGACAUAUCAGGGUUUCUGGAAUCCUCCACUGGCCCCGAGAAAGAACUACAACAUCUACCUUCAAGCUGUUAGCAGCACAGAGAGGGAAACUAAGACACAGUGUCUGAGGCUGGCGACUAAAGGUGCUACAGAGGAGCCAGAAGUCAUCCCUGACCCUGCUAAACAGACGGACCGGGUGGUGAAGAUCGCUGGGAUCAGUGCUGGUGUUCUCGUCUUUAUACUUCUGGUGCUAGUAGCCAUCCUAUUGGUCAAGAAGAGGAGGACCUACUAUUCAUACUCUUAUUACCUGAAACUGGCUAAAAAACGCAAAGAUGCCAUUGGAACAACACGGCAGGAAAUGACUCACAUGGUGAAUGCCAUGGAUCGCAGCUAUGCUGACCAGAGCACUCUGCAUGGAGAGGAUCCCAUGGCUGUGACAUUCAUGGACUCUCACAACUACAACAACAGAUUGCCCAACGAUCCUCUGGUUCCAACUGCUGUGCUAGUUCCAAUCACAGAUGAGAACCACAGUGGCUCUGCAGCGGAGAACAGCAGGCUUCUGGAUGUUCCUCGGUAUCACUGUGAAGGAACCGAAUCUCCCUAUCAGACUGGACAGCUUCACCCUGCCAUCAGAGUGGCCGAUCUUCUGCAGCACAUCAACCUGAUGAAAACAUCUGACAGCUACGGCUUUAAGGAGGAGUAUGAAUUGGUGAUACAGAGCUUCUUCGAGGGCCAGUCGGCCUCCUGGGACGUGGCCAAGAAGGAUCAGAACCGUACCAAGAACCGCUAUGGGAACAUUAUAGCAUAUGACCAUUCAAGGGUUAUUCUCCAGCCCAUAGAAGACGACCCCUCCUCCGACUACAUCAACGCCAACUACAUCGAUGUAAGUGGAAACGCAUCGAAUGCUACUAUUGGCUCCCAACGAAACCAACGAAACCACACUCCCUCGCUCAUUUGGCUGUACAGGGAUGGCUACCAGCGACCGAGUCACUACAUUGCUACUCAGGGUCCUGUUCAUGAGACAGUGUAUGACUUCUGGAGAAUGGUGUGGCAGGAACAGUCAGCCUGCAUCGUCAUGGUAACAAAUCUGGUGGAAGUUGGAAGGGUUAAGUGCUAUAAGUAUUGGCCAGACGAUGCAGAGGUGUACGGAGACUUCAAGGUGACUUUUGUAGAGGUUGAACCUCUUGCUGAAUAUGUGGUUCGCACAUUUACAUUGGAGAGGCGUGGUUUCAACGAGGUGCGGGAAGUCAAGCAGUUCCAUUUCACAGGCUGGCCUGAUCACGGAGUUCCAUAUCACGCUACGGGACUACUUUCCUUCAUCCGCAGGGUUAAAAUCUCCAAUCCACCCUCUGCUGGGCCAAUUGUGGUCCACUGCAGUGCUGGAGCAGGGCGUACGGGCUGUUUCAUAGUCAUUGACAUCAUGCUGGACAUGGCGGAGAGAGAAGGAGUGGUCGACAUCUACAACUGUGUGAAGGCUCUUCGCUCUAGGAGGAUCAACAUGGUACAGACUGAGGAGCAGUAUAUAUUCAUCCAUGAUGCCAUUCUAGAGGCUUGUUUAUGUGGAGAAACAGCCAUACCAGUCUGCGAGUUCAAAGCUGCUUUUUAUGAGCUGAUCCGCAUCGACUCGCAGACCAACUCGUCACAUCUGAAGGAUGAGUUCCAGACGUUAAACUCGGUGACCCCUCAGCCUCAACCCGAAGACUGCAGCAUCGCAUUGUUGCCUAGAAACCAAGAUAAGAACCGCUUUAUGGAUGGCCUUCCUCCUGAUAGAUGCCUUCCCUUCCUCAUUACAAUAGACGGAGAAAGCAGCAACUACAUCAAUGCUGCUCUGAUGGAUCUCUCAGAGGAGUUCCAGAGCUACAGACAGCCUGCUGCAUUCAUCGUUACCCAGCAUCCUUUGCCUAACACUGUCAAAGACUUUUGGCGUCUGGUUUAUGACUAUGGAUGUACCAGUUUGGUGAUGCUGAAUGAGAUUGACCUGGCUCAGGGCUGUCCUCAGUACUGGCCAGAGGAGGGCAUGUUGCGUUACGGUCCGGUCCAGGUGGAAUGUAUGUCCUGCUCAAUGGAAUGUGACGUAAUCAGUCGACUCUUCAGAGUCUGCAACCUCACCAGGCCCCAGGAAGGCUACCUGAUGGUUCGUCAGUUCCAGUACCUGGGGUGGGCGGGGCACAGAGAAAUCCCCGCCUCUAAACGCUCCUUCCUCAAACUGAUCCUGCAGGUCGACCAGUGGCAGCGUGAGGGAGAGGAGGGAGAGGGAAGAACCAUCGUACACUGCCUAAACGGAGGUGGGCGUAGUGGAGUGUUCUGUGCCAGCAGCAUUGUGUGUGAGAUGGCCAAGAGACAGAGUGUGGUCGAUGUCUUCCACGCCGUAAAGACCUUGAGGAACAGCAAACCCAACAUGGUGGAUACUCCGGAGCAGUACCGGUUCUGUUACGACCUGUCAUUGGAGUUCAUAGAGUCCUCCUAAACAAAGUAGAGAGGAGGAGGAGGAGGAGGUGAAGAACUAAUUUCACUUCCCGUGUGUUUGAUCCUUUGCUUUCGCUUGGUCCCGACUCCCCUCUGUGGUUGCCGUUCUGUAGCACCCAUUUUGCGUCCCUACAAAUGGCAGAAGCAAAAUAGGCUCCUUGUACAGUGUUGUAAAGUAUCCAAACAAAGGGAAACAUUCAGACUUUUAACAGAAGGGGCUGCUGGGAGUGCAACAGAGGUGGAGAUGUUACUGCUUUUACUCCUUUAUGCUUAUUGUACAGCUUUUUGAGUGCUGGCCGGCCCCUGUAUAUUUUGGGCCCCAUUUAAAUGUUUAGCCUCUCACCACAGCCCCUCCUCCCAUGGACUUGAUGCCUCAUGCUGUUCCAGCUGCAGUACUCAAUGUGCACUGUAGAUGUCUCCCUCCCGCCUUGCUAGCUGCAACCAAGCCUGCUCUCAUGCUUAUUUCUGACUACUUAACAGUGUUGGGCAUCUCAUCAUGGUGAUGUUUGAAUAUUUGCUGCCAGUACUUUUGUAUAAGAACAAGAAACUUAAAGUUACAGCCUGGCCAAACUCUGUGAAUGCUUCUGUUUUCUACUCCAUACAUCAGCAGCAUUUACAUGUUAUUUUUCUGAGUCAGAACAUUAUUAUGUAUUUAAGUACGUAAUAGCCACUUUGAACCCAUUCUUCAUUGGUUACACACAGCAUAUUGUCAGAUAACGGAAUAUAUAGACAUAGAAAAUACCCUAAAUGUCAAUGUAAGUUUGCUACCUGUAAUUAGAUGAAGUAGCAUCUUAGAAACAAGACUGACAAUAAAAGAAAAACAGGAAGUUAACACAGGGAGUAUUAGGCUGUUUGUGUGUUUGUUUUGUUUUUUUAUGAUAUCAUGAAGUGGCGACUUGAAAAAUGUUAAGUGUAGGAUUUUCACUAAAAUGUAUACGUUCAAAAAAGUGUGAUAUGUAUCAUUGUUUUAUGUUUUCUGCAGUCACUGCAGAGUUGAUUUGUUGCAUCAUUUAUUGAUUGUCUGGAUAGAAGUUUUGAAGUCUUCUUUGUAACCCAAAUUGUAAAAAUUGAAGAUUGUGUUCAACCAUGUGACAUUAGCAUAAUCAUGUUUGUUUCAGGGCUGGGCCCAAUGCACUUUCAAUUCAGCCAAUUCAGAAAUGGGAUAUUUCAUUUCAAAACUCUAAUAUGAACAGAUUUUGGGUACGAGGGAAUCGGCUUAUUUACUCUUAGAAAAGACUAAGAAUAAAUGCUUUUUCAUGAAUGGGUGAAUUACGGUUUCCAUUUAUGGUUUGAAUGGAAUUGGAAGUGAACUGACCCCAGGCCUCAUUUGUUUUGUGCACUGGUGGCCAACACGUUUUAUUAUUAUUUUGUAGCUGAUGUUUAUUCAUAAGCCAAAGACUUUGUGUAAAUAUGUCUAUAUGGAUAAAGCACAUUGUUUGUAUUUAUUGUUUGUUUACUUGCAUUGCUUGUAAGAACAAUCAUUCUUCAUUCCACGUUUACUCUACCACCAGCGUUUCUUAAACUGGGGGUCGGGACGCAAAAUGGACUGCAAGUCUGUUUCCUCUGGAGUAUUGAGAGUAUUAGUAUGGUUUAAUGAGCCCCUAAAGGGUCCUUAGGUAAGAGAUCUGCUCAAGUUGAGUCCAUGAAGAAAAGUUUAAGAACCCCUAAUCGAAGCUGUAUAUUAAAGCAUUAGAAGUAGUUUUUCAGUAUGUAGGUGGAAUUCAAUAGUAUUGUCUUGUUUUCAAAUAAUGAAACUCUGUGAUGUUACCGUGGUUUAUUUGUGUAAAAACCCAUUGCUCUGUUUGUGGUCAGUAGAACAUCAAUGCAUUUAUAUGCACAGAGUAUUUUGGAUAAUCGCUCCUAUCCCUCUUAAUGUUUUAGUUGGGAUAAGCUGUUUAUCUUCAUCCUCAUAUCCUGCUCACCAUUAUCCCUGAAUACACACGGACUCAGUGAUGCAAACAGGCUUAGUGAGUGAAACAUGCAGGACUGUGAAACAAAAACAUUUAUUGUGCCUAAUCAUUUGAAUUUUCUUGUUGAUACAAGCAUUUUAACACCAUCUUAGAUCGCAACCAGGGCUUUGUUGAAUGCGUUCUCAUGGACGAUCACUGUUUUGAAUACCUUUUUGGACCAUGAGUCAGCGUGUUUUAUUAAUCCGAAUGCUUCACGAAUUCUUUGUGAGACUUCACAGUCUUACCGAAUACCACUUGUGUUUUACAAACUUAUUCAGAAAAAAACAACAACUUUAAUGUAAAUAAAAUGUCAGAGGUUCCACUUGGUUGGAUCAAGAGUAGCCCGGGUCUCCUGUUAAGGAUGUUGUUGUAAAUAGACUAUCAUGAGUACUCUAAAAGGCUCUAUUGUUGGAUGAACAGUAGAGAUUUAGAUGAUGGAUGCAAUGUGAGAACAUUAGUUCUGCUGUAGAUAAAGAGAUUGUACUCUUGUAGGACAGAUAUUGUUUAAAACGUAUUAGUGUCCACGGAAUACAGAACUUUAUUCUGCUGGUGGAACAUACUUUUUUUUUAGUUUAUUUCUGCAGAUUUCUGGUCUGACCCAAAGAAGGAAGAGAAAAUUCACAGGCCAUAACACCACAUUAAUACAGUCAGUUUGGACAAAACUGAUGGCCCAUCUCUAUAGCAAGCAGAGAGAGAAAAGAAUGACAAGUGUGUCAACAGAAAUUAUAUAAAGUAAAUUAGCCUUCAUAACUACACAUGUAAGGGAAAACUAAGGAGCAAAUCUUGUUCUGAUGCCCAUAAUUCCUUCUUAAUAAAUCUGAAGUAAUCACAAGGAAGAGCAGUGAAUGAAGCAGGUGUCUGGAUGAGAGGCCAGUCUAAGCAUAGAAUUGAUAUUCAUGGCUCAUGAUUAUUCUUGUCUGUAAUGUUUGACUUCUUUGAUGUAAUAAAGACCACUUCUUUAAUUAAAA